CUCUCUCUUCAACUUAAUAUCAACUAGAGUAGAAAUGCAACGUUUUGGAGCCUUCUGAUUAAUGUAAAAUCACUUAGGUUUAAGGACAGACCACCUAGUCUGGACCAUGGGGUCUGUGUGGUCUGAUUUUCUAUGUAAAUCUAUGUAAAUCUCUCUCUCUCUCUCUCUCUCUCUCUCUCUCUCUCUCUCUCUCUCUCUCUCUCUCUCUCUCUCUCUCUCUCUCUCUCUCUCUCUCUCUCUCUCUCUCUCUCUCUCACACACACACACACACCGCCCACUUAAUAGCACACAAGGCCUCAACAAAGCUAUGCACAAGAACCUUUAACAUAAUAGCUAAUUUCUUCUAUACUUUCACAGCUGCCAUUCGUUCAUCACCGUUCAUGGCGUAAUACAAGGAUGCUGUUACACUCUUGCUCCUCCUCCUCCUCCUCAUCAUCAUCAUCUUCAUUUUCUUCCUAUUAAACUUUUCUUCCUCGUUCAUCACCGUUCAAGGCGUAAUACAAGGAUGCUGUCACACUCUUGCUCCUCCACCUCCACCUCCUCCUCCUCCUCCUCCUCCUCAUCUUCAUUUUCUUCCUUUUAAACCUUUCUUCCUCGUCUUCCUUCGUUUCUCCUUUUGUUUUGUUUUGCUCUGUCCAUUUUCUCUGAUGCUUUCGUCCGUCACAACAGCUGUUUCCAAAGGCCACAACAAAGGAGAUUAUAUAGUCGGGUUCUCAUGAGUGGUGUUCACGUUCACAGUGCAGAAGCCUUGUCAAACUACCGCUAGACUCAUGAAAAUGCCCAAAAUGGAAAUACUAACACAUCAACUCCUACGAAAGCCUUGUCAAAUGUGUGUGUGUGUGUGUGUGUGUGUGUGUGUGUGUGUGUGUGUGUGUGUGUGUGUGUGUGCACGCCGAAAUGCUAAAUAAGAAUAUGACUAGAUUAAGAACAUUGGCACUAAGUUGUCUUGGUCUGUACGGCAAGAAGUGUUACGAUAAUUUUUCACUACUGUUAUCUCGUAGCUUUACUUUUAAAAAAAUAUAAAAAGAAAAUUAUAUAAGAACAGGAAGACCAAACGAAAAUAAAUAAAACGAAGAGGAGGAGGAGGAGGAAGAGGAAGAGGGGGAGGAUGGAGAAUUAUAAUACAACUAACAAUAUUUUUUUUUUCCUGCAGGACAUCUAGGAUCUUCAGGAGGGGCGGACAUGUCAAAGCCACACCACCCGAAGGACUUGAAUCAGCGGGGGGCGCGGAACACAUGGGGGGUGGGGGCGACAGGGAGGGAACCAGCAACCGCCCCCCCACCCUCCUACAACGAGGCAACCAUUAACGCACGCCCCCCACCCACCUCCCCCUACUUCAUGCCCCCCUCUACCGCCCCCACCGCCCCCUAUCCCCCUACGGCACCCACCCACAUUGGUCCCUACCCCUACCCUACAACCAGUGCCACCCCUUACCCAUCCACAAGCACUGCCCCCUAUCCUGACCCAACUAGCCCCCCUUUGCACCCCACUCCCUUCUUCAGCACCCCACACGGCCAGUCCACCAAGCACCCGAACUAUGGCCUAAACGUGGGACCCAUCCAUCAAGACUCGUUGGAGACUGGAGGGGCUGAACCGACUGAUAGAGAGCCUGUCGUCGCCGCCCCCGGCAGGCCGAUUGGCAGCAGCACCGGAGUGAGAUUGGUGGUGUUCCUCUUGGCCAUAGCGAUCUGUGUGGGUGCGGUUUACGCGCUGUACAUGCUCCUUGGCAGGAUCUUCUGGUGGUAGGAUCUAAGCCCCUCAGUUCGCCUACUUGAAAAGCCUCUCGUGGAAGUUCCCAGGCUUUUCAUGGACUGUUUUGUGAUGCAGGGAAUAGUAUUACACGACCUCUGCACUCUUGGACUUCUUGAACGUCUCCGACCCUCAGUUCGCCUACUUG